UGAUGUACGAUGGGAGGAGCAGAGAGAAAGCAGACACGCAGAUAGAAAUAGACUGGAAUAAAACAGCAUGACACUUUUUAAGCACAGAUUACAACAGCAGACGCCCAGCUGCAACACUGAUAUCUGAAGCAAGAAAAUGAAUAUCAUCACACAGCUAAAACUGGAAAUACCCCAACCGACAGAAACCCAUCCUGUAAUACAGUGUAUCCUCAACAAGAACCUGAAGAAGCUCAAGAAGUUACUGAGAGACCACAACAUCAAUGAAGUGUAUCCCUGCAAAGAGUGGAAUGAUUAUAUAACCCCACUGAUUGCUGCUGUUGUAAGUCAGAGCAGUGAUAUCUUCCAUUACCUUUUGCGUCAAGGAGUGGACCCAAAUGGUCCUUCCCAAAAAGGCCUCACAUCUCUACAUUAUGUCUCAAUUUCCAAAGCACCACUUAGUUUUGCGAAGGAGCUGUUUGCUGCAGGAGCGAAUCUGAACGGCUGGAAUUUCAUGACACCACUGCAAGUUGCUGCAGCCCACGACAGAGAAGAUGUUAUAAAAUUUCUCCUCUCUGCUGGUGCUCAGGUGACUUUGUUACCUAUAACUGAUCCUCAGCAUCUAAAUUUAAUUAAGAAAUUAGCUCAGAUUAUUCACAACUUGGCAUCCAAAGGAGAUAAAUUGUCUGCCAAAAUCUGCUGUUUUUUGGACAUGGAAAUUGCUGUACGUGAGGAAUCACCAGAAGAACUGUUCAGAACUUUUCAAAGUCACAUGCUGCAGGAGGAUCCUCAGACCCAUUUGACCAUGAUUGAAGUGCUGUUCACUGUUACUGGGCAAGGACAAGAAAAAUACUGCCAAGGAAGUAUUAAAUGGCUGAAAGAAACUGGAAAUCUGAACACCUACAUUGAAGGUGCAGUCAGUCGUUUUGCGAGCAUCCCCAAGGCGCACAUAAACAGGUCAAUUGAGAGUUUACAUGCCAUCUUCUGCACAAUGGAAGAUAUACUAAAUGAGCAAGCACUGGCUAUAAUUCCCCAACUACUGGAACAGCUUUGUUUAAAAGAGAAACCUGAUAUUUGGGAAGCCGUCCUGAAAACUUUAUAUGUAAUAAUACAGAAAACAAAGGGCACCGAUGGCUGGGAUUCCACCUUUAUGGAGAAGUUGUGCAGAACAAUUGCUCCUUUUGUAAAGGAGCAGCAUUCCCUUAACAUCAGGAUGUACACAUAUGGCAUAUUUGCAAACUUGCUCGCAAUGGAACAUGCAGCUAAUGCUAUUAAAUCAGUGGGGAUAACUUCAGUACCUGAAGACAUACAGAUUUCUGCAGAUAUGACAACUAAUGACAAGCUGAAAGAAGUUCUCAAACGUCUGAAAAUCUUUCUUUGCAAGCUGAACUCUGAUUGCGAGGGCAAUGCAGCCUUACCUGAACCUAGAAAAAAGAAGAAAAAGAAGAAGAAAAAGGCUAAAAGAGAGGAGAAAGAAGAGGACACAAAUGCUAAAGAUGAUAGUACUGCAUCUGCAUCUGACACAGUCAUGAUGGUUUCUCCUGCAGAUUCAACUUCAGUUGGGCGGCCGUUCCACUUUGACACCACCGGUUCAUUGGGAACAAGGAAAUGGCUGCAAAUCAGCGAGCGAUGGAAGGAAAAAUUAGAGAAGCUUGUUAGCACUUAUGAAAGUACGGUAACCAGAAUUGGCAGCAUUAUUUAUGUGAACGAUGCAGAAUUUCGAAUAGCAAAAGGAAGCGAUGGAACUGAGGUUUUCUUGGGGCUGAGGGAUGACGGCACAGAAGUUGCGAUAAAGAGAAUGUCUAAAAGCAAUUAUCAAGUUUUGAAGAAUGAGGAAGGGAUCCUGCGACUACCAGAACUUGAUCAUCCAUCCAUUGUGCGAUACAUUGAUGCUGCAGAGGACCAAAACUUUGGUUAUCUUGGUCUCCAGCUUUGUGAAUUCACCUUGGAAGAAUGUAUAAGAGAUAAUGAUGAUGACCCGCUAGUCAGACAGAAGCUUGUUUUUGAGGUUCUUGACAGUUUACGGGUGCUUCACUGUCAAAAUCCUCAAGUUCUCCACAGAGAUCUCAAACCACAGAAUGUUUUGAUUGAUGUCACAGGGAGGGCAAGAUUAGCUGACUUUGGCAUAAGCAGACGUUUACUCAAAGACCAAACAACCCUGCGAACAGCCAGCGCAGGAACUAAGUGUUGGAUGGCCACAGAGACUCUUUCAGAAGAAUCUGACAUACCAUACAAGUCAAGCACUGACAUACAGGUGGCAGGGAUGCUGAUUUACUACAUCCUCUCUGGAGGACACCAUCCAUUUGGCAAAUUCUUUGAAUGUGAGUUCAACAUUUAUAAAGGGAGGUACAGUUUGGAUCAUGUUGAAGAUGUGGUGGCGAAGGAUCUCAUUGAGUGGAUGAUCAACAAGGAACCAAAGAAAAGACCCAAAGUGGAGGAAUGCCUGAGUCAUCCCUUCUUCUGGCCUCGUAGAAAGAAGAUAGAUUACUUGAAGAAAGCAGGUAAUAGGGAUGAAGCUGCAAACUAUCGAAAUGCUGACCAGGAACUGAUUCAUUCAUUUGAAAGGUUUGCUGAGGAUGGAUCCUUCAAACAGUGGAAAAAUAAGUUUCCAGAACAGCUGAUUCAGAAGAUGGAUGGCAAGAAGAAAUACACCGAAAACAUUCUGGGAUUGCUGCGAUUCAUUCGUAACUUCCAUGAGCACUACAGUAAGGAGGCAGCUGAAGUUGAUGUCCUGGCAUUAUUUCCUGAUUUAUUUGGAUGUAUUUACAAGGGUGCCAAGAGCAAUGGGUGGAAUGAGGACUCACCCUUAAAUGAAAUGUUUCAAAGAGAAGACUUCAGUGCUGACUUUGUGAUGCCCUCAGCCAACACAGAGCAGCUUCUACACGCCCCAGUUCAAGAGUCUUGUCUUAGUGAUGCUCCUGCUUCCUGAUUUACCUCUCCUCCUCCCUCUGGACCAAUUGCUGCUGCCUCUUCCAGAUUCCAGGGAUAAAACCUCUGCCAUCCUGUCGUCUGCCAGCAGCUGUGUCCACUUGUCAGACAGCUCGCCUUCUUUGUGACUCUGAUUGUUUGAGUAGUGUGGACCUCUUAUUUUAUUCUACUGUGGUCUAGAACUGUGCCUUUGAGGUUUCUGUGGUUUUGUUAAUGUUGUUUAUUCAUUGAAGCAGAUUUGUAAUUUUGUUUUGUAGUCACUCUACUCAGACAGGUUUCGUUUCUUUUGUUUUAGACAUUACUUAGUUAAAUUUUUAAAUUUUUUAAAUUUUUAAAGUUUUCUUUGAUUUGAGCAGCACCACACACCCAUUACUUCUGUUUGUUUCAGCUUGUCUAUAGCUGAGAUGGGUGGUAAGGUUUUGUAUAUAUUUUUUCUGUGAUAUCUCUACAUUAUAGCAGGACAUAAGAAGUUUAACAAAUAGAUAUAAUGAACUAAAUCCUAUAUUGACUUGUUUUUAUAAAUGGCAAUGCAUAAACAUGUGAAUUUUGAUUGUAUUAUUUUAUAUUCUUGAAGUGUACUUCACCAUGUGGUUGUUCUAAAGUAAGACCUUUGAUAGUUAUUCUGAUUUUUUAAAAAAUGCCAUUUUUUAUGGGAUGCAGAAUGUACCUAGCGUUAUAAGACAGGGUUUAUUUGUCUCUUUUUUCCAGAGAAGUGCCUCUAUUUUGUGUCUGAAGGUUUUUAUUAGGACUUUGUUGACUUGUUGUGAGUGUUGGCAACUGGAUCAUCUCCCAGUACGAGCUGACGAUCCAGAGACCAAUAUAUUAAUUUAAAAUCUUUUACUGUGAUAUAACCCUUUAUCCGACUGGACUUUGGUUGAUUUAUGGCUCAUUUUGUGUAUUUAACUAAGUCUGUCUGGUAGCCUGACAGGACACCUUGUGAUGGAGAUGUGAACUGCAGCCAUGUUCAGUUGUCUUCCUUAGCUUCAGUAUCAGAGUGAGUCAACAGUUAACGAGGCAAUAAAGCAUGUGCUGCGUGAAUUGACCGUGCGUUUAUGAAUAACUUGUGAGUAUUGAGAUUACAGACAGAUUGAGUGUUCUUUAUUUUAUCAUAAUCAUUGUAGAUAUAGCGUAUAUGUGAUUCAGUGCCUUUUCUGGUAUUCUGUAAGCAGAUAAUCAUGUCAUUGUUAGUGGGCUAUUAGCAUGUAGCUGUAUGCUUAUUUGAGAACAUAUUUGACAGUUAUUGUUAAUCCAGGAAACAGGAAUUCAUUGCUUCGUAUCAAUAUUCCAGACUGUUCAGAUGUUUCUUGAAAAUAGUCAUAUUAAUGAUGUAGGUGUGGAGGGAGGAAGUAGUUAAUUGCCAUGGCUAUUUAUAUUUGAGUUAAUAUUGUAGAUUCCUAUCUUUAGUUUAAUCCUUCAAGAAACUGUGUAAAGCUUUAUUUAAUUUGGUUCCAAUAUGUGUUCUGUUGCAGACCACACACACCCCCAAACUCACCUACUUCACGCUCUCAUGUUCUGUUCAUCUAUGUUGAAUAAACAAGUUAAAUGACAUCUCUUCUCUG